AUGAAGGGGGGAGACAAUACGUUUUUUUCAGGCGUUGUGCCGGAGAUGUCCAUCUCAGGCGGCAAUCUGCAUGCUGGGGAUGACGUCAUGAACGACGUGGUUGACCUCACAAUGAUCGGUCACGACAGGCGGUACGCUGCAUUUUCCCCAUAUGUACGUUCAUGGCGUUACCGUAAUCGUACUCAAUAUCGUCCUACGCGGCGUGCGUUCCUGUUGCAAAUACAAGACCAUGAAAGAGAAAAAAAUACACGUUCAGAUUGUAAGAGCUCUUUUUUGGCUUCGUACUUUUCUUACUUUUGUGGGCCCCGUUGGCGAGGGCAGCCCCCAUUUGGUUUUCCCAUGAUGACAGGACCUAAACUUUUCUUUCAAGCUUUUGUGCGGAAACACCCCGUUUUGGCGAUAUGUGUAUGGUUGUUUCUUUUUGUGUGUGAAACGGCCAUUGUUACGCUUUAUAUUGUACAGACAACACGCCCUGGCAAGGUGACAUGGGUUGAAUACGGCAUGCAUGAUUUUGACUGGUACGCCACUACUCAGACCAUUCUUUCUAUUGUUCUUCUUUCCCAACUUCUUGUUGCGUACAACGUUGGUCCCGUAACUAUCACUAUCGUGCUGGUGACAUCAGGCUAUCGAAUAAUUACAUAUUUUGUGGCACUUGUGAGUGGCAUGGGGUGGGUUAGUCGUCUUUACGUGCCUCUUUUUUUACGCUGCUGGCCGAUGCGACAGUAUUUUCUCUUUGUGCUAGAUUCCUUGGCUACAUUCACUCCACGUAAUCAUCGACUGGAUGUCAUUCGUUUUGCUGCUGGUCCAUUAAGUUUUUUUGUCGCCUUGUUGUUUACGUUUGGGUGCAUUUUCCACAUGCAUCAGGUGUUUCGUGGCUAUAAUUUAGAAAUUGACCUUGCUAUCUACUGGAUGGUGGUGACGAUUUCAACGGUUGGGUAUGGGGAUAUUAUUCCACAUGGGCUGGAUGGUCAUUUUUUAGCCAUUGUUAUUAUAUGUGUUUUUCUCGCUAUGAUGUCUUCUUUGAUUAUGCUGGUGAUAUCAACCACACAGAUUCUACGGGAAUUUCCACGUUACACAGGAAGGCGAAAUCAUUUCUUUGUAUACGGUCACGUCAGUCGAGAAGAUGCCGUGUCGAUUCUUGAGGAGGUUUUGACUCUUUACCCCAUGAAAACGGUUUGUUUUUGCUACACCGCCUUCUCACCGGAUGUUUUGGCGAUUGGUCGUCACCCACGCUACAGAUUGCGUAGUAAAUUUCUUCAGGUGAAGUUUCUUGAUAGAGUAAUGCUGGAACGUCUGCGGAUAUCAGAGUCGUCCGCGAUCAUUAUUCUUCCCGGGAAAGAUGCAGUCUCUAAAACUGUGGAUGCGGAUAGCAUGCUAUGGUCCACCGUAUUUCAACGCCGUGCCCCACACGUUCCGCAGUAUUUGCGGCUCCGUUUUGCCUUUCAUGCGAGGCUUUUACGGGGACGAGGGAUGUUUAUGAUUGACCAGAACAAUAAAUUUAUUAUGUCAGCUGCUUUGUUGCUACCUGGGGUGUUGCCGUUUCUUGUCAAUCUUGUGCGCAUCUCCUCCGCCUCAGGCAUCUCCCCACCAAACCUGUGGGAUGAGAGUGAGAAGGACAACUGGAAGAACUUGUAUGAGUACAGUCGACGCAAUAUAUUUGCCACAUGUCCAGUGCCAUGGUUUUUUGUGCAUCUCACAAUCUCCCGCGCCGUGCGGCUUAUGAAGUUGCAUGACGUCCUCGUUGUGGGCGUGGAGGAGGGGUCCCGUAAAGUCAUGCGACUGGAUUUGGAAUAUGCCCUUGAGCAGGGCGAUACACUGCUUGUUAUACACGAACGUGGUCGGGUCAGUUUAUUGGAGGUGUUGAAACGACUUGAACCAGGGGGGAGCGGUGCUGUCACUUCAUUGGGUGGUAGCACGGUCAAUAACGACGCUUUUGUUGAUUCUCAACCAAACUGGGGCUCUUUUACCAUGUCCGGGCAGGAUCUCUUUGGGCUCGAGACGGAUGAGAAGAGCGCGGGCAUGAAUGACAACAAGCUCUAUUACCCCUUUAACAGGAGCUUUGACCUGAUGGAUGAAGAGGCAGCGAAGGCGCCUCCAGGGAAGGGAAGAGGCGCUCCCUCAUGGCUGAGUAAUGGUGUGGGGGGACAGAAAGGUGUGCCUUCACCGGCCCUUCAGGAAUUACUAAUUCGUGAUUCAAGUAUGUUGGAGCUACGACGACAACUGCUACAGGAGCCGUUUGUUGAUAAACAUCCAGGAGGCGUUUCUCUGAAGGAGCUUCCGUUGGGCGAUUCCGCAUCGAUGCUGAGGGAGUUGUUGAGCUGCCGCCGGGCUGCAAUUUCCGAGACGCAUGACACAACAAUGGACUCCAUUGAACGGCUGGAGCAACAAAUCAACGACAUUCUUACACAUGUUGCCGCGGAGUAUACUAACGGGGUGGGAAAGGAGGACAGCACGGAAAAUUUUCUCUUCAUUGACCAAGUGACAUCCUUUAAAAAACCUGCGGUUGCGUCACUGUAUGAAAAAUACCUCGAUGAGGACGUCUCACACAAUGAGCUCUCAGAAAUGAUGCACAGCAUACAUUCUAUUUAUACCCAGUCCCGUUUAACACUCCUUACUUCUCGGAAACUCUCGAAAGAGUUUUUGGACUGGUGGAAGCGGACAUUUAGGUACCCGUUGCGUUACAUACGUGGUUUGAGUACGUCGGAGUCUCAUUUGGAGUACGCCAUCUGGCAGAGCGGGGGUAUUUCUAAGCUGCGCGGGAUCCUUCUUUACUGCUCACAGCUUGGCGCAUGGGAUUUUUCGGACAUCCCACUCAUCACUGUGGGGAACAAUGUAUGCGCAAAGCUGGAGGCAAGCGCUUGUCAUCCGGUGAGGGAGCCGGUUGAAGAAGAAACGGAGCCGAUAAGUCUGCCGGAGCAAAAUGUGGUGUUGGAGCUGAAGUCGUUUGUCUCCUGCAUUUCCGUCAGUCCGUACCACACCGAUCCGGAGUGGCGCCGGCGAGGUGAGAAACAAUUUCAAGACUCACUGGCCUUCAUGAUGGGCCGGUGCUUUUCACCAAAUAUGCUGCAAACAAUAUUUAUUCAUGCCCACCAUGACCAACGCAUCAUUUAUUUCUUUGCGAUGGUGCUUCAACAACAGGGAAAAAUGGACCAUUAUGACGUUGCACCGUGGUUAAGCUGCGGCAGGAAGUUUGGGACCGCCUUUCAACUUUGCGGCAAUCAACUGCUGCAUUUUCAAACCUUCGGUGACGCCUUUUCGUUUCUUCUCUCGCGGCGCUCAUGGGUGGCCAUCGGUGUGUUUCGCCUUUUCCCGGCAUCGGAGGGGCUGCCAGGAUUGCCACGGUACUUCAUCACAAAUCCCCCCUUGAGAAUGCCAUUGCGCCCAGACGACGUCAUUUACGCUCUCUCGGCUUUAUCCAACACACUCAACACGGCGGAUGGCCAAAAACAAAAUUAG